AUGUCCUACGGAUUUAAUUUAGAUGCACCUGAAUUUAUCCCAUUCUCGCCUAGCACUCCUUUAAAUAUCCAAAAGCCCAAAAACGCCAAACAAGAAGCUUUGCAAGAGCUGAAAGAAAGAAAAGCUGACAAAACAGCUAAAAAAACUGGAUUCCAGCUAUCAGAAAUCGUUCUGGAACACAUUAUAUUAUCUGAUCCUCCAAAAGUCGCUAAUAAAAAUCUCAAAGACAAAUAUCUACCAAUAUCUGCUGCACCUUCAAACCCAAUGGUAAAAGCUAGAAUUAUUGUUGAUGGCCAGGCAGUUACUGCUCGAAUUCCCAAAAAAGAUCUUCACUCUGGCUGCUAUAAAGUUGUCCCUAAAAAGCCUUCCAAGCUAAAAUCAAUAAUUAAAGAAAACCGCAAAGAAGAAGGAAAAGACGAAUCCCGUAGGCCAAAAAAUUUUUUCUGUCGUGAAUAUGUUAACCAAAUUUUAACUCAUGAGCUUGACAAUCGUUUAGAAGAACUGCUAUCUACAUUAAUAGCUUUUUAUAAUAAAAAGAAAGAAAAAAAUGCGAGAGUUAAAAAAAAAAUAGUAAAAGGGCUGAAGGAGUGCAAUAGAAGUGUCAUGAAAAAUAAGGCAAAAUUAGUUAUAAUUGCUCCAAAUAUUGAAAAAGUUCCUGGAGAAGGUGGAUUGGAUGAACUGGUCAAUGAACUAAUAGAAAAUUGCCAAAGAUAUAACGUACCUUACUUAUUUGGUUUGGAUAUGGUAAUAAUGGGACGCAUUAUCAUAAAUAAUGCUGUGACUUUGACAGCAGUAGGUAUUAUAGAUUUUAUUGGUGGCGAGCAAUGCUUUAGCAGAACCCUUGAACUUGGAAAUCUUUGUAAGCAAAAUUUCAAUGGGAUUGCAUAUGAUUAUUCUACUUAUUAUAAUGUGAGUUCUUAA